AUGGCGUCUCGCAGGGGAAUCUCCCUGCUCGUCCUCCUUUCGCUCAUCUCGAAAUCCAAAGCUGCCGUCCACUUCAAAAGCUGGUAUGGGCAGUUCAGAGAGGUCUUGCAGGAGAUCGUGCAGCGCGAUUGCCGGCAAGAGUAUCAGGUAUACCUCACCCAAGAGGCGCCGAAGGACUACCUGAGCAUGACCAUUACACCCGUCAUCGAUUGUAUCCUUGGGCAUCUGAACGAAACCCGCAAGUCCAACAUUGCCGCCGCCGCGGUCCUACUAGGUCUCCUUCCCACCACAUUGGGCGGCGUGGGCUCGACGACCGUUGAGGUGGGGCUGGUUGCCCUUCGACGACCGUUUCUCGCCUUUCUGCUGGCAGCUGGCGCCCCGGCUGUGUCCCCGAUGCGAACGUUCGACUAUGUCGACACGAAGGACCUGCUGGCCAAGAAGCCCGGCACGGCGAAGAUCUUGCCCAUGGGACCAACUGCGAAUACGCUCAUCUCUUCCUUUGAGUACAUCAUGGCUGCUGGUGCGGUCGUGAACCUGGCUUUUGUGAGCUACGAACUCUGCAUCCAGACCGUAUGCUCUUUUGCUCCCGAGGACGCCUUCUUGCCUGCGCUCUGGGCGUUUCUGGCCAUUGCCGUCCACUUCUUUGGCACGUGGUCGGUCUAUUUGCGCACGAGGAUCGUCCUACUAGAGCCGAACGUGACCAGAUCAUGGACACAACACAUCUGGAGAAGGAUAUGCGCCGAAUUCACACCAUCAGCGGCAAGAGAAGUGGCCAGACUGGAAAUCAAGGACGAAACAUACCUCUAUAUCUUUCUGAGCUGGUUCACUUCCAUGGGCACCGUGCUGCACAUUGUGUACGGAACGCUGGUCUUCUCAAGCAUCUUGUUCAUCUCGACGAGCGACGCCGUCACAGUGGUGGCGAGGUAUCUUGCUUCCACGCUGGUGUGCCGGGCGAUCGUCAUGUAUGAAUUGAGUGGGCUGAGACAAGUGCUAAGUCAAGCACGGCGUGGUUCUCAUGGUGGAUCGGAGUUCAUACCCUUGCAGCCGCAUGCGGGAACCUCCCUGUUUGAUACUGGUCGCAGUCAUUCAUGGCAGAGCAAGACCUCGACUCGCACAGAAGAAUUGCAUCUGCUCCGCUCAGCAGAAAGACACGGUGAGGUAUGA